AUGGAAAACAACAAUAUUAAUCCCAAUAGCGCUGUUUUCAGUGGUUUUCCUGGUGGACAUGAUACAAUUCCUGGUCAAGGAAAUGUUCCACCAGCAGCUGCUGGUCUUGCAAACCCAAACAUAAGUGGUAGUUCUCAAUUAGGAGCCAAUUUACCUCAUGUCGAUCCGAACAAUUUUCCCGGCGUAGUUCAUUGGGGACCUGAAUCAGUUGUUUCAGGUGCACAAGUCCAACAAUUGCCAACUAGUCAAGCAAACAAGGAUUCUUAA